AUGUACUUGGUCGCGCAAGAGCCAUCGGAUACGUCGACGACGUGUCCGAUGCCAAAAAAAGUCGGCGAGUGGAUCAACAAAUCAGUCACCCCCUUCGGCAAGUUGAACGGCGCAGCUAAUCCGGCCGGGGUGAUUGGCAAAAUCAUCAACAAGAGCACUAUCGCCGAUCUGAGCGAAGACGACUGGGAGUUCGUGUUUGGCGUGAAUCUCAGGGGAAUCAUGCAUUGCAUGCGAGCGCAGAUCAACGUGAUGAGAGACGCAGGGAGCAUCGUCAACGCGUCCAGUGUUGCCGGGGAUAUGAGCUUUGCGAGAAAUGCGUCCUAUCCGGCUGCGAAACAUGGUGUUAUCGGGCUUCCAAGGACGGCAGUCAAGGAAAUUGGGGACUGA